AUGCCUCGCCCCAAAGUCCCUGAAAGCCUGCGCCAGAGGGCCGCGGAGGCCUGCAGCUUCUGUCGCGAGGCCAAGAAGAGGUGCAGCGGCACCGCGCCGUGUACGCAAUGCGUGCGCCGCGGGCUGGAGCGGGACUGUUGCAUGACUGAGCUGCCGCGGGGGUCGAGGACGAGGAAGAUUUCAAAAAGCAGUGCGGGCGGGGGGACGAGGAGGUCCCGCGCGACGCCGGCGCUGGAUAAUGAGUCCAUCACGGUCUCGGUGAGCUCGCCGGUUUCACCGAGAGAUCGAUCGCGGAGGAGUGUGAAUGGAGCUGGACAGAGACAACUCCGUCUGUCGCCUCCCGCUUCUCAGCAAGAGGACGAAGAGACGAGCAUGAAUGUUGACCCGCAGCCUUUGACGCCGCCGAGGGAAACACAAGUUGCGACGGAUCCAUCCCUGCUGGCAAACCCGUCGCGAAUGCUUCGAAGUCUUCACGGUGAACAAGUAUACGUGGGAGGCGCUGCAGCGAUAUCCUUCCUCCAAACAGUCCGUCAAGUCGUUGCUGGGCAGAUCGGGCCCUCUCCGUUCUCACACAACGAUGACACUGAGACGAUGCUCGAAGUCGAGUCACCAGAAACACGCGCCACAACCUCCCCAUCUGCAGAAACCGCAGUUGAACUGAACGUGCAACAGAAGCUGGCGUAUCUGCAUUGCUACUACUCUGCAACCGAAGGCCUUAUCGACAUCUUCGACCCGAGUGAACGCCAGCAGCUCUUCAACCUAGCUCAGAGCCAGUCAUCAACAAACACAUCCGACGACCGUCCCUCAACACCGCCCAACAUCCUGCCCGACCCCAUUCGAGAAAUGGUAAUAGCGAUAGGCGCGCAGUGCAGCAGCGCGUCCGAGGCGCAAACCAUCGGCCGGAGCUGCUUCCGACGAGCCCAACGCCAAGCAUUCGCAGAGCUCCUCGAGGACCCCGACCUUCACAUGGUCCGACUCUUCCUCUUGAUGUCCUUCUACAUGCUGGGCGAGUGCCGCAGGAACACGGCCUACAUAUUACGAGUCUGGAUCAGCGUCCGCAUCCUCGAUAAGCUCGUCAACUCCCUGCUCGGCCGCCCCGCCGCCACAGCCGGCGUCCAAACCGACAUCCGCGCAGCCCUCGACCAGCUGCCCCCCCACCCCGACGACUACGCAACCCAGUGCCUCACCGCGACCUGCGAGAUCGUCGACAUCAUCAACGAGAUCAACAACACCCUCUACCACGACAAGGACGUCUCCGCCACCGUCGUCGAGCACCUCCUCCUCAAGAUCGACGCCUGGAAGCGCGGCCUGCCCCCGUCCCUCAAGGGCUCCCUCCACCACCACCAACCGUCCGAGCCAGAAUCCUCCUCGUCGUCAACCCAGCGCGUCGCCAUCGCAAAGAUCCACGUCUCCUGCCUGUACUACUUCGCCGUCACCCUCGCCACCCGCCCAAUCUUCAUCUCCUCCCUGAACAGCAACCGCCCCGACGCAAAGAUCCACCACCCGCCACUAGCCGCGGCCUGCAUCGACGCCGCCGUGUACCUCGCCCAGACGUGUGCCGACGCGCUCAAGGCGGGGCUGUUGCAGCGGAGCAUGUGUAUCAUGAAAGCCCUCGUCUUCGCAGCAGGACUCGUCCUCGGCGUCGAAAACUUCGCCAAAUCCGCCAUCGACAUCGAGACCGACCGGGCCUUCCAAGGCGCCAUCGACGUCCUCGCCUUCCUCGCCGCCCAGAGCCACCAGGCCGCGCACUACCUCGAGAUCCUCACCUCCCUCUCCAACGCCAUCUCCGAGCGGCGCGCCAAGCCCGCGCCCGUCGGCGGCAGCCGCUACGUCUCCAAGCUCUUCAGCCUCGACCCGCCGUGCCCCGCCAGCAGCGGCAGCAACAUGUUCUCUCAGAGGCACCAGGGAGAGGAUGAGACGGGCUUCUGGCCGCUGAUACGGUUCGAGCAGGGCGCUGUCGGCGAGAGUGGCAUUAGCGGUGGUGGGCUGGGCGCGGGGGACCCAGGUAGCUGGCCCGAGGUCCAGCUUGACGAUGAUGAUUUGAGUAUCGACUGGGAGAGUCUGAAUAUCUUUCAGUGGGAUAGCUUUCCGUUCAACGCUUGA